AUGCUGCAGAGAAUCGCCAACGAAAUGAAUGAAGCUUAUGGCCUUCUGGGGAGUAUUUUCCGUCAUGGCUCUCGACUGACUACAUUCUCAUCGCAGGCAAUGCAGUUUGCUGAUCUUUACUCCUACAGUUGCUACAACCUCAUCUACUAUCCGCUCUGCUACAUGUUCCGCGCACCACCUAUGCUGAUGCCGCAUGAGUCAACCGUACCGCAUGAAGAGUCGGCCUUCGAGUCCUUCAAAGAUCUCGAGGACUCGCCUUGUGGUCUGAGGAGAAGAACAACUACUGAAGCGGUGGUGUUGAGUGGGGGUGGAGAGAUGGUGCUAAAACCUGGUCAAUGUUCUGUUCCAGGUGGUAAACUCAUUUCCGGCAAGAAGCGCCUCAAGGUGCGUAACAUAUUGUCAUAG